GCACACAUUGACUGUGGGACAACGUUGCCAGAUCGUCCGCUAUUAGUGAAAACGCUCUAAAACAUCACUUUCUUCACAAAUUGUUGAAACAGAGAGCAUUUAAAAAUAGAACAAUAUGACAACGCAGGUUAUGUCCGAGAGUAUUUACAAUCUCAUUCCUCAUGAAGAAGUGAAACCGCCGAAGGAACAACGAUAUCAGUCGAAGUUCCGCUCUACUGUGAAAGAGGAGAAAAAGACAAACAAGUCACCAAACAAGACCAUGGGCCCAGCCAAGGUUGACUUGAAGGCACCAAAGGAUUACCUCAGUAAACACUCCAAGGAACCAGUGCUUCCGGAGAAGACCACCUUCAGAUAUCCGGACGAGGACAAGCGCAAGCCCAUGGUCCCUAAGAAGGAGGACAGGCCCCUGAUGGGUCUGAAGUCCAACAAGAAUUUCAUCACGACCAAUGCUGUAGAAAACAUCAUGUCUGUGCCAAAGAAGCCAGCAUCCAAUUUCGUCGACACAGUGAAGGGAUCAACUCAUCCUCUUGAACCAUCAGGGCUGGUGCCAAAAUAUCGGAACAAGCAGGGUUAUGGGGAUGUACCAGAUUACCUGCGCAAGCGGAACGCAGAGGUUCAGAGAGCUCAAGAGGAAUAUGAUGAAUACAUCAAGGAGCACUACAGACGGGGUGCCAUGAAGCAGCUGACAGACACAGAGCGGCAAUGUGUGCUGGACGGGCUCAAGAAGAACUGGGAGGAGAUCCAUCACCAGUAUCAGGGUCUGUCGGUUGUGACAGACACUGCACCUAAGAAGGCACGCAAGGAACGGAUGGAGGCCGAGAUGAAGCAGCUGGAGAGAGACAUUGAGCUGUUAGAGAAGCACAAGAUCAUCUACAUUGCAAACAACUAGACGCUCAGACUGUAUUUUUAACCUCCUGGGAGAUCUCCAAGAGGAUGUAGUUGUUGCCCACCACUUGGCAUGGAAUCAGCAUCUCUUUCACACAUGGGAACAGUUAGAAUGUUUGAUAGAUUCAUGAAUGUUAGCCCUCUGCCAUGGUUCUAAGAGCUUAAUAGCAUCCACAAGUCAAUUACAAGUACAUGUAGUUCAGCUCCCAAAACUUUGCAGAGAAGCCAGUGUACAUUCCACACAGAAACGAUUGUGACACCUGUGCUUACAGGCUAGCCUUGGGUGAAUCCAUUAUUUCCUGCUUGUGAAAGGAUGCAAACAUUCCAUGAUUAUGUCUACUGAUGUUUUUUGCCCUAUCAGAAUUGCAUGUGAACAUGUCAUUAAACAUGGAUAUGUACACUUGUUCAUCGCAAACAGAAAACGCCAUGGUAUCUAUUUUUUUGUGGUUUCAGGUACUGCAAGUUAGUAUUGCCAGCUGCACAGGUGUCUAGUUUACUUUAAAUUUUAAAAUCUAUGUAACUCAACAGGAGUUUGAGGGUUGUAAAUGAUGCACCUGGCAUUCAUUCAGAAGUGUGAGGGGGGCCUGUAUGUCAAUGCCUGUGCCAUGCUUGUUGCUAGAAAGUUCUAGACGUCAAAUGAAUCACCUGUCACCAUGUAACCCCUGUGUGCACAGUACUUACGUUUGUUGCUUUAAACUUUUGUGCUGCUCCAUUCAAUGUAUGUAUUUUUAACGUACGUCUACAUUAAAUUUUAAGAUUCCAUAAGUGAGUCAUACAUAAAUAACUCCAAAAUCUGUCAAAAGACAUCCGUCCAUAUUCAAGCGAAUGCUUUAUACAAAUGCUCAUAUGGAAAAGCAUUGACAUGAUUUUACAUGUACAUUACACGUUCCAGCAUUUCAUAUCCGUCCUGUUGUAUUUGGUUUUCCUACAUGAUACGAAGUGCACAUUUUGUAUAUAAAUAAUUAAUAACUGAAGUUUGUAAAUACGGAUUUUCCACUGUCAAUAAAGCGUCUCAAGUAUAAUCAUAA